AUGAUCAAUACAUUGCAUGAUGCGGAAGUUCAUGGAGCAACCAUUGAUGAUAGGACUCAAGUUAGUUUGAUACUUGAAUCGCUCACACCAACUUUUUCCACAUUUACUACAAACUAUGUUAUGAACAAGUUGGAGUAUAAUAUGACUCAGUUGUUGAAUGUGUUGAAGACUUUCAAAUCACUCAAUAAGAGUAAUUCAAAAGAGAAGAAGAAAAUAUUUCUGAUUCUAAACCUUCCUCUUCAAAAGGGAAAAAAUAAGAAGAUAAAGAAAUCUAAUGAUAAGGACAACGAGAAACAUGAAAAAAAGCCUAAAAAGUCAUCUAAAAGCAAGGAGAACAAAUAG